AUGGAGCCAUCUUUCCAAGGCAACCAAUUCUUCCCUGGCACAGCUGCCUACAAGCGUGCUAAUGAUAUCUACGCUACCUCCACCUACGGCGUCAGCCGUGAUAUGAACCCCUCCGAGAUCCUCCAACCUUCCUGUAUUGAGGACAUUCAAAAAGUUGUCAGAAAGGCUCCGGAUAUCGGCAAGCCCCUCGCAAUCAGAUCUGGCGGUCACCAAUACAGCGUCAAGGUCACCAAAGACUCCCACCCAGAUCUAUUCUACGGUUUCCUCGGUGGCAGUCCUGGCAAUCUCGGUGUUCUGACGCACUUCAAGAUCGAAGUCCAGGAUGACAAGAAUCAUCAGGGCUCCAAGGGUCUCUGGGUUGGUUUUGCUUACAAGGAGGAGACACUCAAGGCUCUACUCGAUAUUCUCGUCCAGAAAGGAGAGGAUCCCAAGUUGCCUCGAGGCUACGACUUUACUGUCAACAUUGUCAGUAGACAGGCUAAUCUUCUGGACCUCUUCCCUGGUUCGGAGGACGAGCUUAAGCAAAAAUUGCCAGAUAAUGUUCAUGAUGGAAAGGACAACAUUGCUGAUCUUCUCAAGUUCAAGUACGCAAUGAUUGUCGUUUACGCACAAUGGGUCAAUCUUAACGAAGAGCCAUAUUCGCCCGAUCUCUUCACCCAGAUCAAGAAUGUGCCAAAUGAGUUCAAGAUCGUCAAAGAGGCUCCUGAAGGAACCCCGAUGUCUGUUAUCGCCUCCAUGUGGUUAUUCGGAAGCCCUCGCGAGUUUCCCUACCCCUACGAUAAGCGCACCAACAGCACCACCUCAACCGAGCUCUCCAAAACAGGCUGGUCAUCUUGGUUCGCCGGCCGUAUCAACGAGGUCAUCAAAGACAAGCACAACGGUCUCUGGGUCUCAUCACAGCUCCAAGUCUACGGCGGCGAACAAUCCAUGUUUCGCAGAAACGCAGGUAACGGUACAGCGUACUGCUUCCGAGACGCAACCUUUGGUGGAACCUGGGAUGUGUUCUAUCAGGGUACGAAGGAAGCAGCUGAGAAGUGGCAGGCGGUGAAUGACGAGGGUAGGGCGAAGUACUUAAGUAAGGCGGAUCGACGUGUUCUCUGGGGAUCGUAUGGUGAUUGGAACAUGAAAGAUGUUUGGCAGUUUUAUUACGAUCCAGAGACGUAUAAGAAGAUGCAGAAGAUCAGGCAGGCGUAUGAUCCAAAGGGGACAUUUACUGCGAAUCCUUUCUGCGUGGAGGCUUUGAAGUAG